AGGUCCCGCCCAAGAAAGUCUUUGCCUGGGAGCUUCUUGCGAUUUUCAGUCGCAGCAGGCAGCCAAUUGGAACAGGAGUUUGGAACAACCAACAGUCUCCACCGACUGAAGCUGCGACUGGCGGUCCAAGAAAUGGUCUCCCUCACUUCCUCCACGUGUCAGAAAUUCCAAACGAAAUAUUGCUUCAUAAUUACGUCUCUGUAUGGUGAGAUGGGUCACGCGUGGAUUGGUGACUAUAAUAAUUAUACCGGUUGCCUAGUCUCGGCCUGCCUCAGUACAAGGAGGUAUUCAAGGUAUGUCUAGUGGAUGCACAGAUGUUGGAAUACCUGACGAAGAAAGACCUGCGAACUGCCCUCAAGAUGGUGGACACGUCUCACAGAAACAGUCUUCAAUACGGCAUCUCUGUCCUCAAGAAACUGGACUACAACAGAGCGGAACUGGAGAGGAGGAGAAGAGCUGUGGAUGUCAGAACCAAGAAAGAUGUUUUGGUGUGGACUAACGACCAUGUGCAGGAGUGGGUGUGUCAAAUAGGACUCGAGGAUCACGCGAGACAUCUCUCCGAGGAGGGGGCGGGAUACACGUUGGAGUCAUCGCCCUUGACAACGAGGUGGACCAUGAAAGGCUCUCGCUGGCGCUGCAAAUACCGCUCAGAGGUUAGAAAACAGAUAAAGGCAGAGUUUGAAACCCUACUGAAAGAAGGAACCACAAGAGUAUCAACUGAGCCCCAGUCACAUGGGAAGAUAGUCCGCAGACUCAGCAAAAAGCUAAAGGUUGGGACGCGAAGAAUGUCGUCUCCCGUCCUGUUCUCCUCUCACCCUCUCCCCUCUUCCUUCUCCCCUCUCUUGGAGGAAGACAGCUCCCGAGAUGCCCACAAGGCUGCAGCUAUUUCAGAAGAUGCGGUGUAGGAUGUAGGAUUACGUCGGUGUUACAUCGUAAUGAGACAAUUAUAGUCAAGAUUCUAUCAUUGCUCUUUGCAUAGUGUACUAGUCAGUGUUUGUAAUGAUGAAAUUAUUUGUU